UUAGUUUAGUUUUAUAGCCGCCUGUGCCUUAUCUUAUACCAACAAUGUCCAACGAGGUGAAAACAGAGUUCAUUGAAGAAAAGACGAUGUAUGGCAAGAAUGGUGUACGUGUGUUGCAACAUCGCCGAGAGGGUAAAGUUCAUCAUAUUAAAGAAGUAGAAGUGAACACCGAACUGAGUUUGUCGUCUAAAAAGGAUUACAUCGAUGGUGAUAAUAACGACGUGGUCCCCACAGACACACAAAAGAACACUGUGUAUGCUCUAGUUAGGGAAAAAGGGAUUCGCACUAUUGAACAGUUUGGAAUGGAUCUCUGCAAACAUUUUCUUGAGACGCAUUCACAAGUGCACACGGUCAAUGUUUACAUUGAGGAAGCACCAUGGCGACGCUUGGAUCAUACCGGGCGAGAGCAUGUACAUGCAUUUAUACUUAACCCGGAAGCUAUUCGAUUCUGUCAAGUCACACAACGAAGAUAUGGUAAACCGUGUGUAUCGGCUGGUUUGAAAGGCAUGAAAGUCUUAAAGACCACAAAGUCUGGAUUUGUUGGUUUUGCUAGAGAUAAAUACACCACUCUACCUGAAGUUACUGACAGGUUCUUUUGUACCACAGUUUACUCAAAAUGGACCUAUGAUGAACUACUGGGACUUGAUUUUGAUAGAGCUGUUGAGACUGUAAAAGCUAUAAUUUUGGAUAACUUUGCUGGACCACCAGACACAGGGGUGUACUCGCCAUCAGUUCAGAACACUAUGUACCUUGCUCAGAAACAGUCAUUUCAAAAAGUGCCACAGAUAAGUGAGAUAGAAAUAGUGAUGCCGAAUAGUCAUUACUUUACCAUUGAUUUGUCGAAGUUUGGAAUGGAAAACAAAGAUGAGGUGAUGUUACCAGCCGAAAAGCCAGCUGGGAACAUUAAGCUGAGUAUGAAGCGACAUCCCAAGUCUAAACUGUAACUAUGUAGUCAUCUGGUACACUUCAAGCAAACUUAGCAUAUUGUUGGCAAAUUUGGUGAGAUCUUGGAGAAAAUGGCUAAUAUUUUUAUAAUCUGUAAUUCUAUAUUGAGCUUAUAUUUUCUGUAAACCAUUUUUAUUAUACAAGAAACAAAAUAUUGAAAAUUUCUAAUAGUGACAAUUUAAUAAUUCACAGUACUAAUCAUGAACAAACUGCCAUAAUGUGAACUGUAGUUUUACUAGACAUUUGUCAGUCCCGCAAGCUUGAUGUUUGUAUUCGACCAAUUGUCAUUAGAAAUUUGACCAGGAAAACUAUCAGCUAUACAAGUGUUAUUAUUAGUUGAAAGUGUUUUAGCCAUCAUAACACAACAUUGUGUUCAUAUUUGUGUGCAUGUAGAAAUCUACGCACCACAUUCAUUUCCAUAUGCUGAUUAGUAUCACCAGAAACAGUGAUGAGAAUAUCUAAUGGUGUUUCACUAAAGCACCUCGGCUUCUCGUGUAAAUAUAUAACCGUAUAAGCUUUUUUUUAUUGGUCAAGUGUUGAUCAUAUUGAUUGGUGAAGGUGAAUUAUUUUUGAAUAAAGGCUGAGUACUCGAUGCGGUCAAA